AUGGUGAAGCUGCAUUUCGCGAUGGUGUGCGCGUCGAACAUGAACCGUUCGAUGGAGGCGCACACCGUGCUGAAGCGGCACAACUUCAAGGUGUCGUCGUUCGGCGUCGGGGGCUCCGUGAAGCUGCCCGGGCCGACGGCGGAUCAGCCGAACAUCUACGACUUCGGGACGCCGUACAAGGACAUCCACGCGGACCUCAGCAGGCAGGACCCGGAGCUGUACAGGCGCAACGGGCUGAUCAUGAUGCUGGAGCGCAACAUGGGGGUGAAGACGGCGCCGCAGCGGUGGCAGGAGACGCGGUCGGUGCCGUUCGACGUCGUCAUCACGUUCGAGAUGUCGGUGUUCGACCGGCUCAUCGACGACAUGCUCAAACGAGAGGGGAUGCACUUCAAGACGAUGCUGGUGAUCAACAUCGACGUGAAGGACUCGGACGAGGAGUCGAAGAAGGCGGCCCCGCAGGCCAUGCGCCUGUGUCAGAUGCUGGAGGGGGCGGGGGAGUGUUGGGAGGACAAGGUCGAGGACGUGCUCGAGGCGUGGUUCCGCGAGACGGGGCGGCGGCCGACGUACAACAUCUGCACCUCGUAG